CUCGGCGAUGCACGUUUGUAUGUUGAUUCCGAACGUUCGUUUUAAAUAGAGAAUCUCUGGCCGCGUGCUGUGCGUGAGUGGCAGAUGCUCGGAUGCUACCGGGUGAGUGAAGGGAGUUGAUAAAAAUGUCCAAAGCAAGGGACAAAUCACGUUUCUUAACACAUUCAAAUGAAGAUAUCGAAAAUGUUUCGCUGUCUGCUGGACGAGCUCUUGUGGAAUGAUCUGUUCAUUCUAAAAUGAAAAGUAAUAAAAAUCUUUGCUGGUUGUAACGGUUUAAAAGAAAGGAGAAAAGGGACCGCACAUUCUAUCAACUGUCCUGUCGCCAUGUUAUCUGUAAACUAUGCGUGUCCAAAACAAACCGUGGUACGGUUUGUCCGGUUUGUCGGCGAUCCAUUCAGCGGUUCACCGAGUUGAACAACGAGGUAAGCAAGGGGAAUCGUCAGCGAAGGGUAGAACUGUGUUUUUGAUUGUUCUCUUCUCGAUCAAACAGAUGAACGCGAAAGACAAAAUGAUGUUCGAUCCGGCUGCCAUCGGGGCACUUGAUCGGCAGUGUCAGAAUGUGGUAUUCCAGUACAAGCAGCGAGAGCACCUGAUAGAGAAAAUUCUUCGCUCUCGCAAUGAACUGCCAAGGUUAAGCGAAAUGGAGGACGAAUUACGGAAUCGAAUUGUCGAGACGCAGCGGCGCUACGAGAAGCUCAGAAACUAUCGGCGCAGUUUGCAGGAACAUUUACGUAAAUCGAGAUUUAACCACUCCGGUAUAACCCCACAAUCCCAUCUACUGUCGACACCCGCAUCAGGGCAAGCGGCGAUGGCGGCGGCGGCGGCGGCGGCGAUCAAUCUUUCUUCCUCCAGGUCCUCCUCUGGUGGUGUGGCACACUCAAAUCGCGCCGUCGAUUUGAGAUGUAGCCAACGAUCUUACGCAUCUUCGUCGCGGGUGUCUGCCGCGAGUGCUACCAGUAUAACGCGAAGCAAGCUCCAUGCGGCAAAUGAUUCGGGAAUAAGCACACGUACUCCACUAACUCGUCCCAACUUCAAGGCGAGUAGUGUUAGCAAGAGUAGCGGUACCAGGCACGCUGGCCACUUAAGAUUGCAGCAGUUCCUACAAACACCGCAACGCUAAGUGGAGG